GUAUGUGGCACUGUCACACAAAUGAAAACAGUUUUAGUAGCUUCAUAUAAUCAGCAGAAUGGAUGUUUGUUUAAAAAUGAUAGGAACAAAUUACUUAUGAUGUUGAAAAGCCAGGAUUAGCUGGGUGUUGUAGGAUGUGCCUUCAAUUACCGGGUUAGAGGGUGGUGGCAGGCGUAAGACCAGCCUGGCCUACAAAUCGAUUUCCAGCCAGGCACGCCACAGUGAUGCGGUGAAAGCCUGUCUUAAACAAACAAAACCCGCAGAAGUACUCCCUCUCUGCCCCCUGCUUGCAACUUCAGAUGUGAGUUCUCAGUUGUUCGUGCCGACAUGUCUUUAUUCCACCACCAUGGACUCAUAACUCUCUGAAGCCAAAAGCCAAAUGAUAAGUUCCCUUAGUCAUGGUGUUUUAUCACAGCAAUUGGAAAGUAACUAGGACGCCCUCCCAAGUCUGAAAACCAGGCUCGGUAAUUUUGAAUACAGACUUAAUGAAAGUAAAUUUUCAGUUAGAAUUCCACUGUAGCUCCCACUUUUAUUACCAUGCCACCAAAGCACAUUUAUAACAACCUGAAAAUGUUUUGGAGACUGCCUCCACUGUCCAUUAGUUAAAACAAAUUCUUUAACCAAAGCACACUUAAAAUGUGGUUAGCUGACUCUGGCCUCUGACCUCUGGCCCCUGUGAAUAGAUGGUAACAGAUCUUUCGGCUCUGAUCACAUUUAGGACCUUGAGAUGACAGGAUCAUCCUGGCUGAUGUGGAGGUGCCUGGUAUAGACACCGAGGUCCACAGAGCGAGGCUAAAGAUCAGAGGAAAGAGCGGCCCCUCCACAGAAGCAGAGGCCGUGAGUCUUAGGAAGAUGUACGGCUGUUAAAGCUGGAAAGUACAGGAAACCGAGUCUCCCCAAAGCCUCUACGUCUUCAUUUUACCCCUAAAAUCAUCUUGGAUUCUGAUCUCCAGACAUUCAAUAGGAUAAAUUUGUUUUAUAGGUAAGUCAGGAGGAUCGUGCUCACUUGUUACAGCAGCAAGAGGAAAGUCAGGGAAAUGGACGGCAGCUACUUCUGCUCUCAAUAGUCAUGAUUUCAAGUUGCUUUUAUGAGCAAAGCUUGUCCUCCCUAGCAACAGUUGUUGAGUAAGUUGACAACUUAAUGCUGGACACUGGGAGGGAGAAACUGCUUAUCUCUUCCCAAAUCCAGUGUUUACAUCUUGUAUGGCAGAGGCUCCGGAUAUCAUUGCUUAGACAUAUUGCCACUGCCUAGUCAUGAAGAUUUGUUUAGUCCUUGCCAGCCUCUAGCAGAACCAUAAAACCCUGGCCCUCUUUCAGCUUUCUUAGACUUGUAGUUUCAAGAGAAAACUACCUUUUUUUUCUGAUCCUGAUUUUAUUUUAACUGUAAGAGGUAAAAAGAAUCAGAAAUUUAACUAUGAUCAGGAAUCACGAUUAUAAUAAUUUUGUUUGCUGUGCUGUUUGCAAUAAAAUAAUCCCACCAGCCCCUUUGAAAGAAACCUUCCAACGGAUCCAUGAAUACAAGCCCUUUAAGACACGCUUUUACACUCACAAAGACAUACUGGAUAUUGGGGCAAGUAUCCUGAACCAAGAAGAGAAGUAUCAAGAGGCUGUGCUCAAGGAAAGCAUUGAAAAAGCAGAAGCUAAAGUGUGGGAGAAGGCUAAAGAACUUCAGGAACAAGCAGUGGACAAGGCACUCCAGGAUGCCCAAGCCAGACACGCGUUUGAAAUUCGGGUACUGGAAGAGCAACAUAAAAGAGACUUAAAGGCUGUAGAAGAAAAAGCCAAGAUACAGAUGUUUCAAAACAUGGAUGAGGAGCUGAAAAGAGAGCACUCCGCCGCAGAACAACGCAUGGUCCAUCGAAUCCAGAGGCUCAUGAUGGAGUGCCACAGGGAGAAGUUAGAGGCAGUGAAGAAAGCCAGGGAAGAAGAAAGAGAGAUUGUCCAGAAAGCUGUCGAGGAACAGAAAAGCAAGAUCAUUGCGGAACUUGUGAGUACUGGCGUGACAGCGACUAAAGAUCAGAAGACAAACUUGGGCCAGCUGAUAAAAGCAAAGGAGCAGGAAAUGAACGCCUACUAUGGCCUGGCUCAGAGACAGAAGCAAGAAGAAGUGCAGGAAGUGCUUCAAGAAGCAGAAAAAACCCACCAGGCCACGCUGGACAACGUGAUGGAUAAACUGGCCAACACCCAGGGGGAACUGAUAUCUGUGGCAAAGCAGCUGGGAAUCAUGACGAACUGGAAAGACUUCCUGGAGGAGGAGUUACAGGAAACCCGGGUAGCGUUUCAGAAGUACAUCAACUACACCUUCCCCAAGCUCUCCCCGGGACAUGCCGACUUUAUCCUGCCGGAAAGAAAGAAAACACCUUCCUGUCUUACGAAGGACAAAGAAAAGAAAACCGGGUAGACAUCAGCUGAAACAUCGCCACGGAGACUGCAUCCCACAGCUGAAUAAAUACACUCAAUACCAUUGAUCGAUAUCUGUUCAGCGUACUAUUUGGCUGUAAGAAUUUUUAAUUAACAUUUCAAGUUGUCGUAAAAAUGACAGAUUUCUGGCUUUUUCUUUUUGCCAUUUUCAAAGUAAUGCAUUUCAUAUGGCACUUUCAAACAUGCUCAAGUCUGGCGGGUCUUUGCUCUCUUCGCUCCCUCUGCUUUUCUGUGCUGUAAACAUUGUCACAGAAAACCACAGUAUUCAAAAAACAUAUGCCAAGGUGUGAGUACCACCUCUACCUACAGAGAGAGGACAAACUAAUUACGAAGUGAAAACCCACUUCUGUACCUGGCUUGAUUCAUUUCUCCACCUGACGUGAAAGCACACACACGUUUGUGCAGUUGGAAAUCAGUGAAGGAGCAUGUUCUUAGGUUGCUUGCGUUUGUGGAGUGUCACCUACAGUAGAGAGAUUACUGUCUGGUUAACAAAAACAUCAAUUUUCAUCAAAUAUAUUGAGAAAAAUUUUAAAAUUUGGGCCCUGCAAGAAAAGUAUCUAUACAAGUUAGGGAUUCAGAGUCCUGUGCCUGGCACAUGCCCUGUGAUGCUCUGGACCACUAAUGCCAACAAUCACUAAAAGUGAAAGAAGACCAGCACCUAUAGGACUUUUCUAAAACCCUAUUCACUAAAAGCUAACGUUUUUUAAAUUUAAGUUUUUAAAUACACGUGGGAACCCCAUUGGCUUAUGUUUGUGCCAGGAUUCAGACUCAGGUGCUUGAGCAUGAAGUUCUCCUAACUGCUGAGCUAUCUCUCCAGCCCCAAGAGGGGU